CAGAGAUUCACUUGCUCUCGUUACACUCUGUCCUCGUCUUCCAUUCUGAGAAGUUGAGUUUGUGAGUCUUGCUUGCUAUAUCACUCUGCUCACUCGCUCACUCGCUCAGCAAUGGCCGCAGCAGGAAAUACCACCUUGUUCGGUCUGCGUGCGAUGAUGUAUGGUCUCACGCCUCAAGAGAUCUACGUGCACAGUAUCAAGGAUGUGCCGGACGUGCUGUUGUGGACGCGGCCUUACUUCCUGCUGUUUAUAUUCCUCGACCUGGUGGUGAUGGCAGUGCUGGGCGACAAGAAUUUUCGCCUCAAUGUUGUUCUCGUUAACUUCACUCUGGGAUACACUACUGAGGCGGCCACGAAGUUCGUGGCCCGCGGCAUGGAGCUGACGGCCUACAUUUGGAUCUACUACAACCACCGCCUUCUCAGCCUGCCCUUCGACUCCCUCACCACCUACGUGCUGUGCGUGAUUGGCGUGGAUCUGUGCACGUACUGGUGGCACAGGAUGGUGCAUGAGAUCUCGUUCAUGUGGGCAGCCCAUUACUUGCACCACAGCUGUGAGGAUCUCAACACGGCAGUUGCUGCUCGGAUAUCGAUCUCCAUGCUGCCCUUCAAAUGGGUGUACUACCUUCCCCUCGCCUUCCUGGGUGUGCCUCCUCCUCUCUUCAUCAUUCACGGCCAGCUGAAUUUAAUGUUCACAGUCUGGACUCACAGCAACUUGUGGCCCAAGAUGCACAAGAUCAUCCCUGUCCUUGGGCACUUCAUCGAGUUCGUCUUCGUAACCCCGAGUCACCAUCGCGUCCACCACGGAGCUAACAAGUACUGUAUCGACAAGAACUACGGGGCGUUCCUGAUCGUCUGGGACCGCUUGUUUGGAACGUUCGCCGAGGAGAGGGAGGAUGAGGAACUCGUGUUUGGAGUUAUUGACCAAAAGGACAACAACCACUUCAUUGGUCUUGAGGUCGAUCCCUGGCGGGUGCUGUGGGAGCGCUUCGCCGCCGCCAAGACCCCCGGGGACAAGCUGAGGACUCUGAUAUACGGCCCAGGGUGGUCCCCAGGUCAGCCCCGCCUUGGACACCCCGAUGAUAUCCCUGACGUGCGCGGCAGGAAGAAGCACCAUUUCGAAUCUCCCCCUUGGUUAAGCCUCUACGUGACCUUGCACUGUCUUCUCCUCUUUGUUGGCAUCACUGAAAUGAACAUCAGAAUAUCGACGGUCAGCAUGGGCCUGGGACUCCUGCACUUUGCCUACGUGUUGCUUUCGGGCGGCUCCCUCGGCGGGUUGUUCACGGCUCACCGCGCCUCUCUGCAGCUUGAGCCAGUGCGCCUCCUUCUGUCGCUUCCCUUGUGUCAUCUGCUGCAUGUCUUCGCCUCGCGCCCCCUCGUCGCCUGCUUGACCGUCACCAACACCGUCAGCCUGCUCCUGUGGCCGCUCGUCAGGACACAGGCGCUCAAGCUGGCUGCCAGGAAGGAGGCAAAGGCAGAAUAAGUGUCUGGGUUGUCAGAAUGCGCGCGAUAGGAACCAAGGAAGCUCAAGUCUAUAAUCUACCUUGAUCUUGGGUGCAUAUGAAGGGUCUUUUCCUGUUCGGUUCUAUGACGCAUUUAACGACAUUGAAUUAGUAAAUGGCAGUAGUGUUAUGUGCUCGUAUCUUGACUGGUCACCACCUCGUGAGGACCGCUAGGUCUGUUGUGGCCUUUGUAUCUAUGUAACUUUAUGACUGUUUGUGAGAGAGAGAGAGAGAGAGAGAGAGAGAGAGAGAGAGAGAGAGAGAGAGAGAGAGAGAGAGAGAGAAUUUCUGUAUGUCUCUACGAUAUGUAUGUACGACUUCUGGCUAGAACAAACGUGCGUGUGCCUGUAUUUUCAAACACUCUCUCAACAUGACUACUUUCAAAGGCUACAGAGAUGAUUAGGCGAGUUCUCAUGAAUGUUUACCUGACUGACGUUGUAGAAUCUUCGUUAAACUAUCAUGGAAUCGUCUUCAAAAACCCCCAACAGCUCCCGUCAGUACAUUUUAAGAAUACAUGAGAUGAGACGCCACAAAGCUUGGCAAUGCCGUAAAAUAUGUAGCUGUGUAGACGUCGUCAAUACCACUCCCUGUCUUCUUGUGGAUCGUGAAAUGGACGAGGUUGGAAGGCUGGAAAUUCCCGACGUGGGGGAGUUUUACUUCUAACUGACUAGAGAAAGUUUGUAUUUCUUAUUCAAACCUAUUAUAUUCUAAUUUCUUUCCCGUUCCUUCUUAUUGAUUUCAUGGGUUUGUUUUCGCGUUAUUUUUUUUUUCGACUUCACCUAGUGUGUAAAAAAUAUAUAUAAAUAAAUAACAAGUUGUAGUUUAA